AUGGAGUCUAUCCAAAGCAAGAUUCAGGCUGCUGCAACUCGCAACCGUGAGCUGUUGCAAACAUUAUCUGAAACAGAUUAUGCAAAGCCAGCCUUGGAACAACAGACACGAUAUGUUGCUGAUCUCGAAAAUCAGAUCAAGCAACUUGAUACAAGCCUCAAGACAUUGGAAGAAAAAAGAAAGAAGGAGCUCAAAGACCAUGAGAAAUAUAGAGACUCCGUUAUGAAGCGCUUUGCAUACAAGGUAGGCCGAAAGGAGGCGAAGUUCAAUGAGAGAGCGUCGAAAGAAGAACGCGAGUAUUUCGAGGUACUACAGGAAGAGCACAAGACCCAGGAGAUGCGGAAGAAUGCAGGAAACGCGCUCACGGAUGCACAAAAGUCCCAGGCAGACCUCAAGAACGUGCUCGCCCACCAUCAGCAAGCACAGAGGGAAUUAGAUGAGUUGUAUGACUCGAUCUUUGAAGGACCGACACCUGGCUUUCCUGAAGAAGAUAAUAGGGAACAGGCUGCGCACACUGCUCUGAACCAGUUUCAUGACAUGCGAGUCAAGGUUGAAGCGGACAGACAAAUUAUUAACAUACUUGGUAACGCCCAAGCUCGAAUGAACGCUGCCAAAUAUCACCUUGCUGAAGCACGCAGCCACUCUCAGAUGGAUCUUUUUGGCGGAGGUGCCAUUACCGACAUGAUGGAGAGGAAUGCUCUGCAAAAGGCUGAGAUUGCUGUCACCGAAGCUCGCUACGCUGUAGAACAAGCCAGAAGGAUGUCACCUGAAGUUCAACCUCUUAUGCCAGUACGAAUUGCUCAAGGAAACAUAAUGACUGAUGUGUUCUUCGACAAUAUUUUCACUGACUUGGACUUCCACGAAAAGAUCAAACAGUCGCAGGCGGAGCAGGAGAGGGCACUUCAGGGUCUGAAUGCUCAACUAGCCGCAGCCAGACAGCGACACGAUUCACUCAAUCAGAACAUGAAACGCUUGGCAACGACAUUGGAAGACUCAAGGCGAGCAUUACAGCAAACCAGACAAGAAGCAUUCCAGAAGACUGCACAAUGA